GCCGCCGCCGCAGCGUAGCCGCACGGCGGAUGCAGGCGGCAGAGACGCCGCCGCCGACCUUAUCAUCUCUCCCGCGCGCGCUCCUCCGCUUCCGUAGCCGUACGGAUUUUUCUCGUUGCGUCUCCGCUUCCCCUACCAGCGAGUGAGUGCGGCUGUCACGCGGCACGCGCCCGCGCCCGCACCCGCACCCGCACCCCUCGGAGCGGCGGAGUGCGUCCGUGCGGCGAGCCCCGCCUCGUAACGACCGCCGCGGCCCGAGAGCCGCGCGAUGCCACCCGAGGCGGCAAGCGGGCCGUCCGAUCCACCCCCGAAGGCGACCCGACUCGUCGUCAGGCGGCUUCAACUCAAAAACCCCGAAGCGCUUCGUGCCUGCCGUUGGCUUACGCUGCACACCACCCCACGCCCACCACGCGCGCACGUAUAACUUUGCCCCCACGCCUGCUGCUUGAGCUGUUCACCAGCCGGGGAGAGCGGACGAGCGAUGCGGCCGUGGGAGCGGCGCGACACGGACGGGGAGGGAAGCGAGGAGGCGGGCUGCUCGAACUCUGAUGCUAACACCAGUAGCGCUAAUGCCAGCACGAGCUCGAGCACCGCUGCUAGCAGCGGCGCGAGGCGGAGCGGGGGCGCGGCGGAGGGGCGGGGGAGCAGCCCCAUGUCGACGGCGACCAUCAACCUGAGCAGGGAGUACACGCUCGCCAUUCAUACCACCUCCUACCACGAGAUCUGGGCGAAGAUCCACGUGGACGGGGACGUGCGACAUAGGGAGGGUGGCGGCGGCGGCGGCAGCGGUGGCAGCGGCAGUGGCAGCGGCAGCGGCGAGGAGGAGGAGGAGGCAGACAGGGUCACCCUGGCCGGCGUGCUCCGGCCGGAGGACGCGGUGGUGGAGCGCGCGCUGGGGGACGCGCCCGACACGGAGCUCACCCGCCUCGCGGCGGACUACCUCCGCAGUACGCACCACGCGUCGCUGCUCUGCCUCUCCCUCCACCGGGCGCUCCGCCGCGCGCGAGCACUGUACGGACCCAUCACGGAUCUCCUCGCGCUCAUCCCGCACGCGCCACAGCUCGCCACGCCGCACUGCGACUGCGCGUUCGACGCCUUCCUCCUGUUCGACCAAAUGCCCAACCCGUUCCCGGCGCCCGCAGCCGGGUUCCAGGGCAUGCGCCGAAGCUUCGUCGGCCUGAAGACCCACCUCGACCUCCGCCUCCUCAGGGUCCGACGCAGGCACCAGUUGCUCCUCUGCGCCACGCGCGGGUCAGGCAUCUGCCUCAUCGCCUGCGUCACCAGCGCUGCCAUCGCCGGGAUCGUGCUCGCCACCCACGCCAUCACCGCAUUUUUGGCCGCAGCCCCUGCCUGCGCGACGUCCCGUGCCUCAUGCUGCCCAAUGGCUGCACCGAUGAAACGCCUGGAGAAGCGCAUGGACCGGCUUGACGCCAUGGCCAGGGGAACCUAUGUGUUGAACAAUGAUGUGGACACUGUCGAGCGGCUGGUGGGCAGGCUUCAUGCCACAGUGGAGAGCGACAAAAUGCUUGUCAGGCUGGGGCUGGAGCGUGGGAGGGGGCAGCACCACACCAUAGAGGAGGUGGUAAGGCAGCUCCGGAAGAACCAUCCGAGCCUGCUACGCCAGCUCGCUGACCUUGAGGAGCACAUCUGUCUCUACUUUGCAGCCGUCAACCGUGCGAGGUUGCUCCUUGUACACCACCUCAAUGCCCAGUCUGAUCCUGAUACUGAGUUGCAAUUGUCAUGAUUUUAUGAGUCUACAACCAGACCCGCUUCAAGAAUUACUUGAUGUCGAGCCUCUUCUAUGGUGCCAAAUGAAAUAUUCUCUGCAGCAUGUUUGCACGAGUUCUUGUUUCUAGCAAGGUGUUAUGCAUUUGUUGUCAGUCAUGUGACAAAAUGCGUUUUCCCAGUGUCGCCUACACCAUUUCUUAUAGUUUAUUAGACCUUUUUACAAUUAUAUACAUUUCAUCUCAUCUACUUUCAGAAGUUACUAUGGCUGUGUAAUAAUGCUAUGAUUCCGAAUUGACUUAAA